CAAAAUACUGCGUGCAGCCUCUUUUCACAGUAAUUCCGCCUGUAAGUGGUGUGGUCCACAUCGACAGAUAAUGGAAUGACUAUUGGGCAAGAAUAUCAAGUUAAAGUUGUAGCUCAAAUGAAGGCAAAAAAAUCUAUCAAGAAAUCAAAGUUUUCGACAAUUAGUCGCUGGAGCCUUGAAUCCAAAUCUGUGGUAAACGUCUUUGGCGGUCUUGUUCCACACGUGAGCUGCUUUUUAAACGCCACUCACUUUUUUCUGCGUUGAUGGAAUCACUUCGUUUACGGCGGCAAGUAUGUUCAGAUCAUCCGAAUAUAAAGCUGCACAUAUAAUUCAUGUAUAACAUCUCUUCAAGCCUUCAAUAAUUCAAUGGCCACAUCACGCAAAUUUAUAGACUAUGGUGAAAGUAUACUGACUUUACUAGUUGAAUUAAUAUCACUUUGCUACAGUGCUUUAGUCGUAAAGAAGUUUGCACUAAAGCUUUAGCUAAGUCAUGUGCAACACGUCUAGCUUCAUACCAAAUACCAAGUCCGUCCUUCUUGACAAGAAAAGUCUCAAACCAACUUUAUAAUCUACAACAUCUCACGUGUUGAUUUUACUCCCAUUGAAUGGCACACUCUCCGUUGAUUGCGUGAUUGUAUGAUACUAACGUAUCAACUAUGAAGCUGGCGUAUCAUCGUCAUCUUAAAAUUAAGCGCGAUUUGUGGUCGCACCUUCGUGCGGCAGCGGCAUUGUACUGGCGGUCGUAUUCCGUGAUCGCAACAUGACGAUUAGUCUCUCUGGUGGGGCACCUGACUCAGUUGAAAUAUGGAGAGGCACGUAUUGCAGCACGUGAAUUGUCGAUGAAGAGGCUACCAACGAAACAUUGAGAUAGAUUGCAAUCGCAUCACUCCUUGAGUAAGUGGUUGCAUCCAUCAUUUCAGUUGGUGGUGAUAUCUCCACCUGAAUUUUUCAGACAUGAAUUUGGAUUCCUCAUCAAUAUCCAUUGAGUCGUCUUUUUAUCUCAUCAUUACGUUGGCUGUAUGUGGUGCCACAACAUAAAAGCGGCCGUUCCAAGGAGAUGUAGAGCUCGCGUAACAGGGUUGAUGAACAUCAGUAUCCUGGGCCUUGUGAAGCCGUGGAAAACCGAAGCACUUUGACGGUUUGGAAUAAUUUUAUC